AUGCUUUUAUGCUUUAUUCCUUUAGUAUGCUCAAGUGGCACACCAGUGGCUUUGUAUGGAGCUGGUAAACCUAUUCGAGAGUCAAUUGAAUCGAUGCUUCAGCAGCAUGUCGAAGAGAUCUUCCCAUUGCAAUUUGUUGACGAUCUCAGGCAUCAACAGGACAUGGUGUCGCGUCUCAUGGACAAUCUUCGAAUGACCGACGACGUAUCACGACUUUACGGCGAGGUCAUCAUUGACGCCACUCGAGCUUCAAAUUCACCUCUGCUGCGGGCGGUACGACGUUUUUUCCCUGACGCGCCAGUGAUGAGUCUGAAUGGCACUGCCAGUGAUGAGAAGACGAUAUCUGUUCAUCUCUAUGAACCAUUCGAAAUCACACGCAUUGCAAAGGUUAUAUACCCAUCCCCUUCGAAUGGUACUGACACUUCUGUUGCCCGUGUGCGCUCGAUAUUGAACAAGGCAAAUGUUACGGAGUUGAACGCUGAACAGGGAGACGUCGCAGAGAGAGCUCUGUAUGCUUGGCGCGAUCAGGAUGCUUCAACUCCUCAACUGGAGCGAGUUAUCGCCUCCAUCGUCCCGAAUCGUACCGUUGUUAUCGAUCAGACGAAUGCGGUCUUGCAUUAG